CUGAGUCCUAGCACACCUCAUGACUUUGUCGGAGAAGAAAACGUAAUCAUAUACACACCUUUUUCAAUAUCCAUUCAUCUUCGUUUCUUGAUCACCGUUCCUCAACUGUAAAUUUCAUCAAAUUUGACCGCCGGUGACCGUUUUAUCCUCGUCGGUGGUCGCCGGAAUCUGUCGCUUACUUAAGCACGCACCUUCCGGCAAAGUCAAACCCGUAAAAAGCCGCCUUUCUUGGCUUUUCAAUCCAUUGACCUAGAUAUUAUUACUGGUCGUAUUACGGCUAGAGAGAGAGAGAGACAGGUAGUUUGACAGAGAGAGAGAGAGAGAUGUAUGCGGUACCUCCGCCGAAGAGUUCUGGUUCGACCGGUGGUGCCGCCGAUGGCACGGAGUUGCUACGGACUUAUCAGACCUGGAAAGGCAGCAAUAUAUUCUUUCUUCAAGGAAGGUUCAUUUUUGGACCUGACGUCAGAUCGCUCUUCUUAACAAUAUUCCUUAUAGUUGCUCCUGUUGCUGUUUUCUGUGUCUUCAUUGCUAGGAAACUGCUGGAUGAUUUUUCACAUCAUUUGGGGAUAUUAAUAAUGGUCAUUGCUAUUGUUUUCACUCUAUAUGUGUUAGUCCUUCUUCUACUGACAUCUGGAAGAGAUCCUGGCAUAAUUCCUCGCAAUGCACACCCUCCAGAGCCAGAAAGUUAUGAGGGGAGUGCAGAAGUUGGGCCUGGCCAAACUCCACAAUUGCGUUUGCCUCGCAUCAAGGAUGUCAUUGUUAAUGGAAUUACUGUGAAGAUCAAAUACUGUGAUACCUGCAUGCUUUACAGACCUCCACGUUGUUCACACUGUUCGAUAUGCAAUAAUUGUGUGCAACGAUUUGAUCAUCACUGUCCUUGGGUUGGACAAUGUAUUGGAUUGAGGAACUACAGGUUCUUCUUCAUGUUUGUCUUCUCAGCAACUCUUCUUUGUUUAUAUGUACAUGGUUUUUGCUGGGUGUACAUUAAAAGGAUUAUGGACGGUGAGAGAACAUCAAUCUGGAAUGCAAUGACCAAGACUCCUGCCUCCAUCGUGCUGAUAAUUUAUACUUUUAUAGCAGUCUGGUUUGUUGGUGGUCUUGCUGUCUUUCAUCUCUACCUCAUUAGUACAAAUCAGUCUACUUACGAAAAUUUUAGAUAUCGAUAUGAUCGAAGGGCCAACCCAUAUAACAAAGGAGUAUUUGGGAACUUUAAGGAGAUGUUCUUCACCAGCAUUCCAGAAUCCAAGAACAAAUUUAGGGCAAAGGUGCAGAAAGAGCCUGGAAUUCCGCCCCGGGUUGUGAGUGGUGGUUUUGUUAGCCCAACCUUGGGGAAAGCCAUGGGCGACAGAGAAAUGGAAAGGAAGCUAGCCUGGAACGAGGCUGCAACCGGAGCAGGUGACUUUGAGAGACAGCUAAGAAAUGAUGAUAGUCUUGACACUGAUGGUGAGUUUACCGACGUGUCUCCAGAUCUUAGCGGGGCCGUUCCUGUUGAGGGCACAGAAGAACGAAGUACCCUACAUCCUAGACGCUCUAGUUGGGGAAGAAGAAGUGGAAGCUGGAAUAUACCCCCUGAUGUUGUCGCAUUGGCAUCUGGAGUUGGUGACUCGAAUCGGAUCACUGGUGUCAACAGUGGCAGCUCAACAAUAGAAAAUCGACAAUGACGGCCUAGUUGGAUGCUGUAAAAUUAACAGGGAGAAAGAAUGGCAGCAAAAAGAUGGAACGAGAGAGAGGGAGAGGGAAAAAAGGGCAAAAAAGAUUUGGAUAGUGUGAGGAUUUGGAGUGGGCUUGAGUGGGGUUGUUUGGUGUGUAUAUCUUCUUUUUCUUUAUUCUUCUUUUUUUUUGUUGGGAGGGGGGAUGAGGUAUCUGCACCAUUUUAUUUGUACAAGGAUUUAUGAGACUGAAUGCCACAGUAUCUUCUUAAUUUUAA